ACAAAAGAAACAAAAUGGUUUCUUCUUCUUCAUCAUCUGAAGCAAAGAUCAUCUCCCAAUGCUUUGUCAAACCCAAAACAGUAUCUGAAACAUCAAAAGAUCCAUACAAUUUAUCACCAACGGAUCAUGUGAUGCUCUCAUUCCAGUACAUCCAAAAGGGUCUUCUCUUUCUCAAACCAUCUGAUGGUGCAAUCAAAUCACAAGACUUCAUGGAGACUUUGCUGCAAAAGCUCAAAGACUCUCUAGCCACAGCACUUGUCCAUUUCUAUCUCCUCUCAGGUCGCCUCUCGACUUCGAAAACCGAUGAUGCAAGUUCAUAUUCAGUGUUUGUGGACUGUAAUAACAGUCCUGGAGCUGGAUUUAUCCAUGCCAAAUCAGAUCUAAGGGUGGGAGACAUUGUUGGGUCCAAGUAUGUUCCAUUGGUCGCUCAAUCUUUCUUUGAUCAUCACAAUGAAGUGAAUGGCCAAGGUCAUACCAUGAGUCUCUUAUCAAUCAAGGUAACAGAGUUGUUAGAUGGAGUUUUUAUAGGACUGUCUAUGAAUCAUUCGAUUGCAGAUGGAGUUUCCUUCUGGCAUUUCUUCAAUUCGUUGUCUGAGAUCUUCAGUUCUCAAGAAACCAUUGACAAUAACAUCAAACUGUUUUGUCUCAAGAAUCCUCCAAUCUUGAGACAAGUGUCCACCGGUUCUGUUUACAGCCUUCCCUGCAGUGAAUCUCCCAAGUCAAAUCCUCGGUUCCAGACACCGGUUUUGAAGGAGAGGAUGCUCCAUUUCUCAUCAGAAGCAGUGAGAUCACUCAAGUCAAAGGCGAAUCAAGAUUGUGGAACAACAAUGAUCUCUUCUUUGCAGUCUUUAACCGCAUUUAUAUGGAGAAGCAUUACAAGAGCAAGAAAGUUACAAAGUGAUCAAGAAACUACUUGCAGGUUUGUUGCUGACAGUAGACCAAGAAUGGUUCCACCACUGCCUAUGAACUACUUUGGUGUUCACAUCUCUCUAGUGAAAACGACUGCUAAAGUAGGUAACCUGUUGGAGAAUGAGUUUGGAUGUGCUGCUUUAAAGCUGCAUCAUGCUGUAGUUGAACACACUGGCGAAAAGAUCUGUUCCGAGAUGAAACGACGGUUCAAUCCUCCUUGUGCUUUGCCAUCAGAGACGUUUUAUGAUCCGACCAUUGUUCAUAUGGGAAACUCACCAAGGUAUGACAACUACGGAUGCCAGUUUGGGAUGGGGAAAGCAGUUGCGGUUAGAAGCGGUUAUAACGAUAAGUAUGAUGGGAAGGUAUCAGCUUAUCCUGGAAGGGAAGGUGGAGGAAGCAUAGAUUUGGAAGUGUGUCUUCUUCCAGAGUUUAUGGAAGCUUUGGAAUCAGAUCAGGAGUUCAUGUCCCUUGUCUCUCCUUCUUCUGGUUGAUACGUUCUCUGUCUGAUCUUUGUU